CCAGUCUCCAGUUAGAUCAGAUCAUCCCACUCACUCAGUUCUAGUCCACACCUGGAGUAAACCAUCAGACUGAACCCGGAGCUAUUAAACCAUAUCAGUAGUGAAACAAGUCUGUCAUCGAUGGUUAAUAAAAAAUGAACCUUGGAGCUAAACUAAGGGGUUGAGAGUGUGGAAUGUUUGACCAAAGGGUUUAGUGUAUAUAUCGUCUGCUCAAGGAUGGAGUGAAAGUGAAUUUUAUAUACUUGGUUCUAUCUCCAGGAUUUUUAACAAGCUGAGUUUUACCAGUGUAUCCAUAUAUAUCAGGAUAUUAGGGACAUAAACCCCUGUGUGUGUCAGUAUGACUCAGGAGCGGAGAUUAACCAAGUUUCUCAUUCUAUUCGAUAAUUCGAACCUUCUCUACUUCCCGGGACAGUUCCUCUCAGGACGUGUAAUUGUUGAGCUCCAUGAUGAGAUGGCAAUUACAGGUCUCCUGUUCCAUGUGUGUGGUGAAGCUGUGGUGAAUGUGAAUUCUACGCGGGCAGAUAGACAGACAGAUAAAGAGAAUUAUAUUGACUUCCGGCUUAGAUUACUAGGAGAACCAGGUGGUAUUCCUGUUCUUCUGUCUCCAGGAAUCCAUAGUUUUCCCUUUAAACUUGGACUCCCUGUAGGACUCCCUUCAACCUUCCUUGGUAAACAUGGUUGGGUUCAGUACUAUUGUAAAACCGCCCUCAAGGAGGCCAGCGGGCUCAGCCACAAGAACCAGCAGGUGUUCAUCGUGAUGAACCCAAUAGAUCUUAAUCAUGAACCAACUAUACUAGCACAACCGUUCCAUUGCGAGAUAGAACACAAGCUGGGGAUCACGUGUAUGACGACGGGACCGGUCACGUGUCGGGUCCGACUGGACCGAGGAGGAUACGUUCCAGGGGAAGCAAUCAACAUUUGGGCAACAAUAGAUAAUCAGAGCAAAGUUACAAUCAAGGGAACUAGAGCCUCACUUACAGAGACGAUCCAAUACAUCACUAAGAACAAGGUGAUGGAGACGGAGUCCCGGGAGCUGGCCGCUGUCUCCAGGGGUAAAAUAAGACCUGGAAAUACAGAUGAUUGGAAGUCUGAGCAACUAUUCGUCCCACCCCUCCCACCCACAAACCUCAGGGGUUGUCACAUGAUCAGAAUACAAUACGACGUUUUUUUUAUCGUAACCCCGAGUAACCUAGAGAAACCUAUCAAGCUUCAGCUUCCUAUCCUUAUAGCUACAUAUCCGCUUAGAAAUGAAGAUGGAACCAUUAGAAGGAAAACGAAGGCCGAAUAUCCAACGACCCUGCCGAUUUUUCGGCCGUGGCUGGACGAAAAAAACUUAUAAAAACUGAACUGUGAACCCUCUUAUAGUGCCAUCUUCAGAGCCGACAAAGCUCUGAAACCUGCUCAUUCGCGCAUUCUAGCGCAACGGCACAACUCACGUGCGCACAAGCACAUUAAGAAACAUGAACGCCCGGCCAUCUCGAAAAAAUAUCAAGUUUGAAGAGAAAAUUGAAAAUAAUCCUAUGCUUAACAACCGUAUUUUUAUUAAAUGAAAAGAAUAUUGUAAGUUAUAAAAUUCUAAAUUCUAAUUUUCUGCAUAAUUCCAGUGAGUAAUGAAGAAAUGAUAAAAUAUUAUACAAUGAGUAUUUAUAUCAACUAUAUUUAUAUUCAGUAAUUUCAAGUGAACCUUUAUUUGUAGAGUGGCACGUCCGAUUCUCGACAGUACAUUUUUAAACCAUCAGCAAUUUUAAAUUUUUUUUCUGGAAAUUUUUUUUAAAUUCUGACCAUUUCUUUCUUUCUCUACUGUUGCAGAAAUGUACGAGUCACUUUUAUACAUAACUGUAAUUGAAAAUAAUUCAUUUUUUAAUAUUGGAAAAAGAGAUAACUCCCUCAUUUUUGCUCAGGUAGAUUGUUAAAUGGUACCGUUUUGAAUCGGAAAUGCUUCUUUAUAAAUUAAGGGUAAAUUGAAAUUUCGCCUACAGACCCUUUAACUUGUAAAAUCCUAGCCGCUGUUCCAUGAUACUCUCUUCUAAUCCCAACAUUUGAAUCUAAAUCUGCAAUGAAUAAAUGAAUGUUAAUAUUAGCUAAAAGUAACAAAACUACAUUUUGUUGAAUGCAAAUGUUUAAAUUAUCUAAUAAAUUGUUUUCAGUACAAAAAA